AUGACCCGAUCCGACACUACCCAGAUCCAUCGCGCCUGGUGGAAGGAAUGCUCCGUGUACCAGAUCUGGCCGGCUUCCUACAAGGACUCCAACGAUGAUGGCAUCGGAGACAUUCCCGGCAUCGUCUCGAAGCUUGACUACAUCAAGAACCUCGGCGUCGAUAUUGUAUGGCUGUGCCCGUCCUACAAGUCGCCUCAGGUCGACAUGGGCUAUGACAUUUCCGAUUACUAUAGCAUCGCGGACGAGUACGGCACGGUCGCGGAUGUAGAGAACUUGAUCCAGGGCUGCCAUCAGCGAGGAAUGAAGCUCCUGAUGGAUCUGGUGGUGAACCAUACCAGUGACCAGCACGAGUGGUUCAAGCAGUCUCGCAGUUCCAAGGACAAUGAAUAUCGGAACUGGUACAUCUGGAAGCCUGCCAAAUACGACGAGCAGGGGAACCGCCAUCCCCCGAAUAACUGGGUCUCGCAUUUCCAAGGAAGCGCCUGGCAGUACGAUGAGCUCACAGACGAAUACUACCUUCAUCUGUAUGCCACAGAGCAGCCUGACCUGAACUGGGAGCACCCGCCGGUGCGCAAGGCCGUACAUGACAUCAUGCGCUUCUGGCUGGACAAGGGCGCCGACGGAUUCAGAAUGGACGUGAUCAACUUCAUCAGCAAGGACCAGGCCUUCCCCGACGCGCCUGUUCAAGAUCCCCGCAGCAUCUGGCAGUGGGCCGACAAAUACUACGCCAACGGACCUCGCCUACAUGAGUAUCUGCAGGGCCUGGGAGAGAUCCUCAAAGAAUAUGACGCGUUCAGCGUGGGCGAGAUGCCUUUCGUGAAAGACACACAAGAAGUCCUUAAAGCCGUGCGCUACGGUCGGAACGAGCUCAACAUGAUCUUCAACUUUGAGCAUGUGGAUAUCGACCAUGGCAAAUACGACAAGUUCGAGCCCGGCGAAUGGAAGCUCACUGAUCUCAAGGAUUUCUUUGAGAGAUGGGAGAAGUUCAUGUACGAGAAUGACGGCUGGAAUGCCCUGUACUGGGAGAACCACGAUCAACCCCGGUCGAUUGACCGGUACACCAAUGCGAAGGAAGAGCAUCGUCUGGUUGCCUCCAAGCUUCUGGCUACCCUUCUAACCCUGCAGGCCGGUACGCCGUUCAUCUACCAAGGCCAGGAGCUGGGUAUGAGCAAUGUCCCGAUUGAAUGGGGCAUUGAGGAAUACAAGGACAUCGAUUGUCUCAACCACUGGCACGGGCUGAUCAAACACAAGCACUUCGACACCAAGGCCCAAGAGAUUGCCAAACGAGAGUACCAGAAGAAAUCUCGAGACAACGCACGCACUCCCGUGCAAUGGAGCUCCGCUCCGAACGCAGGAUUCACCGGCCCCAACGUCAAGCCCUGGAUGUCGGUCAACCCCAACUACGUCCGCAUCAACGCCGAGGCGGAGGUCGAGGAUCCAAACUCAACCUACCACUACUGGGCGGCGGUGCUGGGACUGCGCAAGAAAUACCUGGAUCUGUUCGUGUACGGCAACUACGAUAUGGUUGACCGUGACAGCCAGGAGAUCUUUGCGUAUACGCGGCAGUAUGAGAACCAGAAGGCGCUGGUUGUGGGUAACUUCACCGACAAGACCCUGGACUGGAGCUUUGCUGCGCGGGGUAUCAAGGGCGUCAAAGAGGUGUUGCUGAAUACCUAUGAAGGAGUAGAGAAAGCAUCACAGCGGUUUUCAGGAGAGAGCUGGUCUCUGCGGCCUUAUGAAGCGGUUGUGGUGCUCGUGCAGUAG